UACAGCGCGGGAGAGUUUGGCUGAAGUAACUGGAGAUGUUGCUUAGAAAUAUAACUUACAUUGUUAUUCAACAUGUAUAGACAGGCUGUGAGUUAUUAAAGCUUUUAGAGGAAUAUGAAUAUGAGACAGCGCUAACGUUACAUUGAUUUCAGGGUGAGCGGUUAACGUGUGCUUUGUGCGUCAUUACGGAUGAAAGGAAGCUAUAAUGGGUGACAGGACUCUGCCUGAAUGGAUGAACAAACCUCAGGAAGAACAUACACCAGGACCUUACAAAAAGAGCAUUCUGGAGGAUGAUCUUCCUUAUCUGGAAUUCGGUGGAACAGUCAUAUACAGCCAGGAAAGACAUGACUGCUCAUUUUUAUCAGAAGAUUUGAGAUCUGGUUUGGCGUCAGACUCAGUGGUGGGGUUUGAUCUGGAAUGGCCGCCCAGCUUCACCAAAGGGAAGACAAAGAAAGUGGCUGUAGUGCAGCUGUGUGCAUCAGAAGAGAAAUGCUAUCUGUUUCACAUCUCCUCCAUGUCAGGGUUUCCUCCUGGCCUGAAAAUACUUUUGGAGGACGAAAAUAUCAAGAAAGUUGGAGUGGGAAUUGAGGGUGACAAGUGGAAGUUAUUAUCUGAUUAUGACAUCAAAUUGAAGAAUAUUGUUGAGCUCUCUGAUCAGGCAAACAAGACGCUGAAAUGUUGUGAGAAGUGGAGUUUGGACGGUCUAGUGAAGCACUUGUUGAAGAAGCAGCUCUUCAAAGACAAACUUGUGCGCUGUAGCCACUGGGACGACUAUGGUUUGACAGAAGACCAGAAGAGAUAUGCUGCCACAGAUGCUUACGCUGGAUUGCUCAUUUAUCAGAAUCUACAGGAAAUGAUGUCUGGCUGCUCAGAAACCUCAGUGCUCGCUUUGAAAGAGAGAGUUUUUCAGAUUGCUCGUGAUCUUAACGAUCUCGCUGAUAAUCUUCCAGAUGAGCUUGACUGCGUGACCAGUGCUGCGAGACUAGUGGAUGAUCUGUCUCAGACAGUUGCAUCUCUAAGAUGCAUUUUGUCGAAUGGCAGCAAACCGUUUGAUCCGCCAGUUGAAGAAGCUAAAACUAAGCCACAGAGUCGUAGUCAGUCUGAGGAAGAUGCUGGCAGGCAUUCUGAGAGAGAGGGUGUGAUGUCUCUGGAUAUCUCUGAGUAUGAGCUGCAGAUGCUGGAGGAGCAGGCCAGACAGGAGCAGCUGGAGGAAGAGUGUAUCUUAGCUUUCCAGACUCAGCAGGCAUCAGACCCCAAGAACUCUAAUGACAUGGAGAGUGAUGAAGAUUUUGAUGAUGAAAUGAUGAAGUGUGCUGCUGACAUAGAAAGAAUAAAUGGUGAACAUGGUCAUGAGAAACAGGCGCUUGUCCCACGGUCUGGUGCUGAAGAUGAUGACGAGGAUGUUGAGGAAGACGAGGAAGAGGGGUUUGAUUCAAGCAUCCCACAACCUGUUCCUGAACAAAUUAAACAUCUAAAAAUGUACUUUGGACAUCACAGCUUUAAACCGGUUCAGUGGAAAGUGAUUCACUCUGUUCUCACGGAGAGGAGAGAUAAUCUUGUUGUCAUGGCAACUGGUUAUGGGAAGAGUUUGUGUUUCCAGUUUCCUCCAGUGUAUUGCCAGAACGUCAGUGUGGUCAUUUCCCCUCUCAUCGCUCUCAUGGAGGACCAGGUGCUUCACCUACAAAUGUCAAACAUUCCUGCUUGUUUUCUUGGAUCUGCUCAGACCAAAAACCUGAAUGAGGAAGUGAAGAGGGGUCACUUUAGGGUGGUGUACAUGACACCUGAAUUCUGCUCUGGGAAUAUUCCUCUGCUAGCGCAGCUCGACAGGACUGUUGGUUUAUCACUGGUCGCGGUAGACGAGGCUCACUGCAUCUCUCAGUGGGGUCAUGAUUUCAGAAGUGCGUAUCGUGACCUGUGGAAACUCAAGAAAAAUCUCCCUGGUGUUCCUAUUUUGGCGCUCACGGCUACUGCGAGUCCGUCUAUCCGCGAGGACAUCGUUAAGAGCCUUUGUCUGAUCAACCCUCUGAUCACCUGCACCUCGUUCGACCGACCAAACCUCUACCUGGAUGUCAAUCGCAAGUCUGGUGACGUUAUCCAAGACCUCAAACAAUUUCUCAUCCAAAAAAAAGGGGGUGGUUUUGAGUUUGAAGGCUCAGCCAUUGUGUACUGUCCAUCAAAGAAAGAGGCGGAGCGUGUGACCGCGGCGCUGUGCAAGCUGGACAUCCCGUGUGGAGUUUAUCACGCGGGUCUGAGCAUCAAACAGAGGAGAGAAACCCAGCAUCAGUUCAUGAGGGAUGAGAUUCAGUGUGUGGUGGCCACUGUGGCGUUUGGGAUGGGCAUUAAUAAAUCUGAUAUCAGGAAGGUCAUCCAUUACGGGGCUCCCAAAGAGAUGGAGUCAUAUUAUCAGGAGAUCGGGAGGGCUGGCAGAGACGGGCUGCCCAGUGCCUGUCACGUCCUAUGGAUGCCCGGAGAUAUGGCCCUGAAUAGAUUCAUUCUCAACCAAUCCAAAAGUGAGCGCUUUAGAGAUUACAAAAUGGACAUGAUGGCAAAAAUGGAAAAGUAUUUGAAUUCAACCAAAUGCAGGCGAAAGUUGAUUUUGUGUCAUUUUGAAGACAAGCGUCUGAGGAAAGUGACUUCUGGAAUUAUGGGUAGCAGUAAUUGUUGUGAUAACUGCAGGUCAGGUGUAAACGGAGAGGAUCCAGAGGUGGUCCUGCAGGACUUUGGCUCGUGUGCGUAUCAGCUGAUGAAGGCCGUCAGCGCUAUGAAUGAGAGGUUCGGCAUCACAGCGCCCAUCCUCUUCCUGCGGGGCUCAACCUCUCAGCGGGUUCCGGAUCGCUUUUGGAAGCACUCUCUCUUUGGUAUCGGCAGGGAAAACUCAGAAACUUGGUGGAAAGCUCUCAGCCGAGAACUUGUUGCUGAAAAAUAUCUGAUGGAAACCACGGGCCAUAACAAAUUCUCCACCCUCUGUAAACUCACACCCAAGGGCAGAUCAUGGCUGAGUAAUGCUGAAGAUGAGAGGCACAGACGACUCCUGCUGCAGCCCAACAGAGAUCUGUUCAGCAGAGUGUGUGUACCGCGGAAAAAAGCAGAUCCAGCACACGUUGAGUCUACUGCUUCUAACCAAAAGUCAGAUUACACUCGGAGGGCAAAGGUCAGUUCUGGAGUUGACACCCAUCAGAUUGUGAAGAAAGCAGAUUUACCAUCUAGAUCAGCUGUUAGGCCAACCCAGAUUCACACUAAUGUCAGAGCCCAGACUCCAGCGGUCUCAGCUAGAGAAAUCCAGCUGCAGUCUGAGCUGUAUGGUAAGCUGGUUUCUGAGCGUCAGAAGUUAGCUGGUCUCAGAGACAUCCCACCAGCUCUGCUGGCCACCAAUAAAAUACUCCUGGAUAUGGCAAAAUCAAGGCCGUGCUCAAUAUCCAGCUUGAAACAAGUGGAUGGUGUUUCAGAAGCCAAAGCAGCCAUGUUAACACCUCUGAUUGAUGUCAUCCUCACAUUCUGCCAGACACACGGCUUACAGGUGGAUGAUUCCUCCAGCUCUACUCCACCUGUCCACACAAAAAUGUCACUGUCUAGCCGUGAGUACAGUUGUGUGGCUCAGUAUCUACCGGACAGUGUCUCUGUCACAUACAGACUGUUUCAGAUGGAGCUCAAGAGCAUGAGGCAGGUCGCAGAUGCUCGCAGUCUGCCCAUGGCAGUGGUGGAGUCUCAUCUGUUGCAGGCUCAGAAGAUGGGCUGUGCUGUGGACACGGACAGAGCUGGACUCUCAGAGUCCAUCUAUAACACCAUCAGAAAAAGCAUCGCCUCUCCUCCAGUCAGCUCAGAUCUGAGUGAUUUUAAAGCGAUCCGGUCUUGUGUCCCUGAAGAUAUCAGUAACUUCCUGCUAAGGCUGGCGCUUUAUGAACUCCAGAGAGAAGCUUCAUCCUCAGCACAUCAUGAAAUCUCUUGGAUAGAGCCACUGGAUAAAUCAGCGACUGCAGACAGACCUGCUGUUAAAUGUGUGAUUGGAGAGUCACAGCGUGAGACAGAUGUCAUGGACAUGAGUGAAGAUGAGCUCUUCAUCAGUAUUCCCAUGCCACAGGUGACUCACAUCUGUCUGUCUCAGAAUGCCAAUUACACAGAUUCAUGUGACCCAGUUCCUCAGAGCAGUGGAAUGAAUCUGGCCUCCUGGAACCAGGAUGAUAACCUGGAUAAAGACACGCAAGAUCUCUUCAGCGAUUCACCUGUGAAGAUUGAAAGCCGGCCUACAAAGAGAAAACUGCCUGAUUGGGCUGAAGGACCAAGCAAUUCAGUAACUGCUACGACUGAGAAGAAAACCAAAAAGAAGAAAGGACUUUUCAUUUGAUACAUUAUUAGGCUGUGUAGUGUACGUUUUGAUACUUUGUAUAAGAUUUAAAAUAAUUUAUUUUUGUUGAUGGUCCUGAAUACUGAUAUGACCUAAUUCUACGCCAGCUUGACCUCCUCUAGGUAUUUUUCAGAUUUCUUACCGGCUCACACACUAGUAAGGGAAUCUUUCUCGAUUCGCACUUAUCAUGUUUCUGCUUCUGUGAGUGGCCUGAAGCUGUACGCUACGGACUUCCACCUGUCGUAAUGGAAACACUCCUCCCAGAAUCCCGUGCAACUCCCAGACCUCAAAAGUAGGGCAUUUCUGAAGCAUGGUGGGACUUUCUUGAAUUAGUUAAUUCCUGAGUGUAAAAAUGUUAAAUAAUUGACCUGAGAUGAUAUGAUUUUGAUAGUUCAGAAUAUUUAUUGCCAAGGAGCAAAUUCUUUAAUUUGUAAAAAAACAAAAAAAACAUCUGUAAUUAAUACAGUAUUGAUGAACUUUUGCUGUUCACAGUGACGCAGCGAUUUUUAUUUGACUUGUGCUAUAUAUUUCAUUUUACUUAUGCUUGCUGUAACUGAAGCAGCACAUUCACAGAGCAGUAUUUGUUUGCCAGUCCUGUAAAAGUUCAUUUACAAGGCAGGAGUAAGCACAGGCUUUUACAAUCCAUUCCACUUCUGUUUUCUGCCACAGUGCUAAAUACCCACAUAACAACAGGCCAUAAAGCAUGCCAAAUUUCUGUCCCUUACACCUUUCCCUGUCAUCAUCAUCAUCAUCCCCAAAACCCCAAAAAGUCUUCUCCUGAGCACAUCCUCUCUGAGUCUACCUCUGUCCAGCUUUAGUUGUGUCACAGUGAAGCACCACUGACUGAUUUUGAGUCUAGUCCUUCCUAACCAGUGUAAAUCAUUGUUUUGUAUAAAAAUGUAACAAUAAUAAUCAAAUAAUUAAAGGUUUGUAACUACCCGCAUCUGAGUGCCGUGAGUUAUGAUCCAACACAAAUCUGAAGGAUCAAGGAGAAAUGCUGUCAGCACACUGCUCUAAAUGACAUAUGAUUUAAUGUACACUAACAUUUCAUACAUACUGAACAGAAGUUCAUUACGAAUAAAACUACAAACUUUCCUACAAACAACAAAGGCUUUCUUGGUGCUCUUGCUCUAAUCUGAUUAUCUGAAGUCAUAUUUAUUUGUGCAGCACUUUUUAAAAAACACAGUUUCAAAGCAGUUUUACAGAAAAUCAGGAUAUACUGUGUGUGUGUGUGUGUGUGUGUGUGUGUAUAUAUAUAUAUAUAUAUAUAUAUAUAUUUGCACAUAUAUACUGAACUUUAUAUAAAGAGCAGACAAUGGUAUAGUUAAAUUUUCAAUGCUGUACAGCAUUCUCUAUUCUUUUGAUUUAAUUUAAUUUUUUUUUAAAGACCCUCUAACUCUUUUGUUACCCAUUCUUUUUUUCUUCUAUCUACUUGUUUUCUUUUUAAUUAUUAUCAAAAAAAAAAAACUUGUGUACUGCAUUAGGCUAACUGAGACUUGUCACAGCACUUACAUAUUAUUGCUCUUUUGUUGCUUUUGAUUGCUUCUAUUGUCCUCAUUUGUAAAUUGUUUUGGAUAAAAGCAUCUGCUAAAUGACUAAAUGUGAAUGUAAUAUGGACUUCAUCAGUUCUAAACUGCUCAUUGCAUCAUAUAAUCAACAAGAACCAUCAAUGUAUGAAUUGAAUUCACAGCUGACAUUUCCUCUAACGUACAUCAUUUUAUUAUAUCCGUGUAUGCUUUUACAGACAAAUCAUGCAGAGUUUUUCUGUCCUGUCAUUCCUGCACUCGAGACGGAUGACGUUUGUGCUCCACUCACAUAGUCCUCCCUCCUAUUGCUUGUUGCUCCCCAACAACAGUGGCUGGAUAUUUAAAUAAAGUCAACAUUUCUUAAAGUUUUCUGAAGUCGCUGGACAUGCCUCCAUCCUGUCACCAACAUCUGCUGUCGCUCAUGUGGAAAAAUAAAAUUCUGUUCCAUUUCACUCCAUGAGAGUGUAUCUGGAUGUGAGCCUUUUGCAUGCAUUUGAUUCUUAUCAAUAGUGAUGCUUAUUUCUAGUCACAAUAAUAAAUUAAUAA